AUGAAAUCCUCAGGUUUGGAUUUUCCAGCUUCUGCAAAAGACACUUGUUGCGAAUCUGAUGGUUUCUUGGCAUAUGAAGGCUCGGCAUUAGUAGCUUGGCCCUUUGCUCUAUUGAUCAUUGAGGAUCUUCGCCCUCUUAAUGUCGGUGAUACAAGCUUGUUUUGCAAUUGUUUUGCAUAUCUGAAGAUCAUGUCACUCUUAGAUUGGUAUGGCUAG